CUCCUUGCCAAGUUUGUAAACCAUCUUUUACAACAAGGUAUUAUGAAAUCACUCGGGGUAAUAAUUCCUGCUCUUGUCGUUCAACUCAACAUCAGCUAUGCUACUGUUGGUUUUCUCCUCUCACUUCAGAUCACCAUGAACUAUAUGGCAUGUCCACUGGCUCAGCUGCUUCUCAGGAAGUUUGAUGUCAGGAAGACAGCCACACUUGGAGGACUAGGAACUGGUCUGUGUAUCAUCUGUGUUGCUUUUUCCAAGUCUGUAUCGGCUCUUGGUACUUUCUUCUUUUUGGCAGGUGUGUGCAGUUCUACAAUAUGUCAGGCUUCAUUCGUCUCACUUCGCCAUUAUUUCGGAGACCACUUUGGAACAGCAAACUCCAUCAGCUACCUUGGAUCACUUGUUGGUGGUAUGACAGUCCCAUUUCUAACUAACCAACUUCACCAAGCAUAUGGUCUUCAAGGAACUUUAUUGUGCCUAGGUGGAUUGUUCCUAAACAGUGUACCAAUCGGUGCCAUCUUCAAACUUCCCGAUUCUCAGUCUCCUCCUACACCAGAUCAAGAUGGUCUUAGAAAUGGCCAGGAUGUGGAUGAAUUAGACGAAGAAGAUGAUGAUGAUGGAAGAAGCAAAAACGACAACUCAGAUAAAACCAGUUUUUAUCUCUGUUGUAUCAACCUUUUGCGAUACCUCUCGAUUGCUUUCGACAUCAAAGCUCUUAGACGUGAACCAUCCUUUGCAAUCUUUUUCUUGCCGUGUCAAAUCAUUUUAGACAUUGUCUUUAUAGGUUGGGCUUUAUUUAUGGUAUCUUAUGCUAUUGAUAUUGGUUUCAGUCCUUCCUCGGCUGUUUAUCUCCCCAUAGCUGCAGCUUCUGGUGGUUUUAUUAGUCGAAGCACCCUUGCUAUUGCCAUGCAUUAUAAGUCUUUUUGGAGUCCAGAGCUCUAUGCAAUGGAUGUUGCCAUAUCAGGACUAUCGUUGGUGUUGUAUCCAUUAUAUUCCAAUCUUAGCCAUCUUAUCAUUUGUUCAUUCUUUGCUGGUUAUGGGAUUUAUGGAAGUGCCUCUACUUAUUAUGCAGUCAUCGCAGUGACAGUCUCAGAAGAGAAUUUUCCCGGGAUUAUCGCUAUAUCUUUUUUCAUUUCUGGAAUUGGAGCCAUGUUAUCUGGUUUACUGGCAGGUAUUAUAUUUGAUGCUACGAAGUCAUUCAUGGUUGUAUUCCGUAUCUUUGGUAUCAUGAUGGGCGCCAUCUUCAUUCUCGUCAAUCUUCACAUUUUCCUCCAUCGUUAUCGGAAGAAACACCUCCAUGGGACUCAGCAAACUAAUUAAUGUUUCAACAGACUCCACAAAACAAAGAUGUUUAAUUUUCAUUUGUCUAAAGCCCUGUUUGAAGUGGGACCUUAUAUAGAAAUCCAAUUUUAUGAUUUGACAUCAAAUAAAAAAAUUAUUGCGAUUAUUGUGAGCUUUAUGAAUGAGUGCAAACGAUCAUUCUAGUAUUUUUAGAAGCUUGGUAAUGUGGACACUCUUAGCCGUUUUUAAUUUAUCUGCAACACUAUCUUAUACGGAAGGUUUACAGAAGAAUAUUUUUUACAAUCUUUGUGUGAAUGAUAUCAAAUUUGAACGAAUUAUUUUUAGUGAUUCGAUUAUUUCUAUAAUCUCGAAUUCAGUAACAGGUUGUAAAAACAGUGAGUUCGUAAAAGUGUUAUUAAAUACACAUUAUAGUUAUCAUUUUCAGCAAUAUUCUCCGAUGAUAUAAUUUACAAAAAUGACAAUUUCAUACAUUUUGUUAAGUGAUGUAUUGUGGAUUAUCAUAUUUUUUUUGUUCAUUAUGAUGUUGACGUAGACUAUGUUUGCGCUUGCAGAGUACUAUGAUAACCAUGAUAGUUUUGAAUAAUUUUCCACAAAAUCUUCUAAAAGUGACUUAAUGUAUAUCGUUAAUUAAAUUUCUAUGUUUUUUUACCUAGCUUCAUUACAAUUUUACCGAUAACGGUUUAGUGAUUUUUUUUAAGUUAAGUAUUUUCUUUCCGGAGUAUCCGUGAUUUACGUAUUUACACGUGCAUUUUUCUCUUCGUAUGCAAAUUACGAAGGGCUAAACUUUUUCUUUAAAUAUACAGUGCGUAUCAAAAAAAAAAUUUACACUUUGAAAAAAUCCUGUAAAAUUAUACAU